AAGCCAGCCUGUGGGUGGAGACAGAACUGGGACUGUUCCUUUUAAAGAGCCGGAGAGAAUCGAGUCUGUGGCUUCAACAAGUUCAAGGGAUCAGUCAUGGCUGCAGAAACAAAGCAGACUUGUUACGAGGGCAGUGAAGUGCAUAGCUUCCAGUUCUACCUGGAGCAUUCUGGAGAGCAUGAGGCCAUUGUGCAGGGCGUCCACAGCAUCCUGCCAGCCCAAUUUAAAAGAAUUGGAGCAGGUAAAAGUGGUCUGGAUGUUCUGGGCGUUGGAAGUGGUGGAGGGGAGGUUGACGUCCAGAUGCUUUCUCUGCUGCAGUCCACAUUCCCCACUGUUCCCAUCACCGCUGACAUCGUGGAGGGCAGCGCGGAGCUAACAGAAAACUUUAAAGCUUUGGUAGCAAAGACAACCAGCCUUCAGAAGGUCCAGUUUGCUUGGCACAUCAUGCACAGCGGGGACUAUGAGAAGCAAGUGAAAGCGAAGGGAGACGUGAAAAAGUUUGACUUCAUACACAUGAUCCAGAUGAUCUACUAUGUGGACAACGUCGAUGACACCAUCAAGUUCUUCCACAGCCUUCUGAAAAACAACGGCACACUCAUGAUCAUCGUUGAAGCAGCCCACAGCGGCUGGGACACCCUGUGGAAGACGUUCAAGAAGGAGCUCUGCGUCGACGCCAUCACGGAGUACCGCUCGUCAGCAGAGGUUAUCUCCAGCCUGAAGAGCCAGGGCCUGAAGUACGAGGAGCACAUCAUCGACAACACCUUCGACAUCACCGAGUGCUACGAUCCAAACAGCACCACUGGGGCACGUUUGUUGAGUUUCAUGACAGCGACAAAGAACUUCCACCAGUCUCUCUCCCAGGAAGUCAGAGCUGGAAUCCUGGAGCUCCUCAGGAACAAGUGCAGCACGUUAAAAGACGGCCGGGUGAUGUUCAACAGCGAAGUGAGAUGCAUACUGGUUCAUGCCUGAGUUUCUGUCCUGUUCUCCAUUCAGUUAAUUAUGACAUUUGCACUUUCAAGAUUUACUUUGAGAAGUAGUUUUCAGUCUCUUCAACCAAAGUGCAACUCAAAUUUCGUGAUUACUGAAAUGUUCCAUAAAAGCAAUGAAACAAUUGUGGCUUGAAUCAAUAUAAUAAAACUUUUUGAAACAUAAAGAAGUGUCGUUUCAUGACAACUCCUUUUAAACAGUUUUUUGUUGUUUAUCACACAAUGUACUGAUCUGCUGCUGCUGUAAGACUCUGGCCCAAGAACAAUUUUCCCGUGGGGACGAUAAAGUAUAUUGGAUUUGAUUUGGUUUAAAUUCACAUCUAAUCUAAAUCUUGGGUAUUACAGCUUAACUCUGCAGUUCCCCUCGGAUCCCUCUAGGGUCUAUCAAGUCUUUCAGCUGACUGUUUGUUUGUUUCUGCAGCUUUACUGUUUUACCCUCAUGGCUCAUGUCUUCACAUUUUUAAAUCACACUGUUUAAAUAAAGAAAUAAUCACAAUAAACCA